AUAAAGCGGGUGCACGGAGUCACUGUCCCAUGGGAGACAGCUCUGCUACUUCAGAUCCAGAUUUGGCAAAACUGCAGCAAGUCCUGGAGCCCUCUCGCAGCAGUGCCACACGCUAUGCCAGCCUCCGAUGCUAUGUGCCCUGUGCACCAGGCCCUCUCCCAACUGGCAGUGGUGACUAAGCAGACCGGAGCAGCUGCCUCAAAGGUCCAUUCUUCUGUGAGAGAUUUAUUGCGACGAGCAGAGGCGCUGGGAUGUGAUAAUUGCCUUCGUUCCCGGACGAAGACCCUAACAAACAAAAGGCAGUUGCCCGUGAAUCCAUGGUGUGACUCAAGCAUUCGCUUGGAGGGGAGGAGUGAGAACUGUGUGCCUGUUGCUGUAGCAAAAGUGAAUGGACGUUAAUCAAAAGGGUGGUUCUGCCCUUCGCAGUAGAGAGCACAGCAGCUCCGUGGAGGCAGCCUGGGACCUGUAGCUUUCAAAUCUGCCCUCCCAGACUGCCCUGGCCCCAGGGCCAGCGUGGGCCUCUGCUUGGGGAAAUGCCAGAGCACUAAAGCUGCCAGCUCUGCUCCGCAAGAAGAGUGCGCUAGGGAUGCGCUGAAAGUGUCCUGGGGAGCGUCUGCCUGUUUGGCUCGCUGUUUUUUCAGUCCUGCCCCUGCUCAUAUCAGGCUGGCUCUUUUGUUUGUCCUCACAGACAGCUCUUAUAGACCUUGUUGUCUUCACUUGGACUCCGGGUACGUUGAUGUUAGACUCUUGCUACCAGCAGGAUCGCUGGUAGCUUCCCCCACUGCCUUAUUUUUCUGCCAAGAUAAUGUUCCAGAUUUCCUGCGGGAGCAUCAUCGGGGACCUCCAUGGAGAAGUGAUUGCCUGGAAGGAAGAUCCACCACGCUGCUCGCACAGCUCUGCUCCUGCUCGUAUCAGCACAGCUCUUUUUUAUCCUGCUGGACAGAUCUGUUAGAGCUGGACUCCCGAGGACGCUGAUGAUAUACUCUGGCUGCCAGCAGGAUCACUAGUAACUCCCACACUGCCUUACUUUUCUGCCAAGACAAUGUUCCAGGUUUUCUGCGGUAGCAUCAUCGGAGACCUCCGUGGGAAAGCGCAGAGCUGGUGCUGCUAGCACGGGUCAAGGAGCAGGGCGUGUCGUGGGCGCCUCUCCGUUAGUGGAGCGCUGAGCUACACGGUGGUUGCAGGCUGGCUGGCAAAGGGUGAAAGCUUCCCGGUUGGUCAGCAUGUUUAGGAGAGACUUGAGGCCUGAAUCUUGGCUCCUCAGCUUUCUGGUUGGUAGUCUGUCCAGAAGUCUCUUAGCCUUUGCAGCUAUUGCCGAGAAUCAGACUUUUGCUGAUUUGACUCGUGUCACGAUUGAGACCUCGAGACACAUGUACAAGUAUGUGGCUACUCCUUUGGACUGGUGGCAUGCAGACAGAUACUGCGAGCAACAUUUUGCUCAGUUGCUUUUUGAACCCAGAGACAGUGAGCGAGCUUCCUUUAGCAAACUGCUGCAGUCUCACCAUAUCAAGGACUCUAUCUGGUUAAAUGAAAUGAAUGGCGUCCCACCCAAACCGAAAUGGAGACAGGACCACAUCGUACCAGUCCUGGUGUUUGGAGACAAAACAGAUACAAAAUAUGUGAAGGUGCUUUCUGACUUCCCAGCUCUGCCUGCUGUCACAGCCUGUGCCCACCUCCAGUGGGACACCAGGACCCAGGAGAUUGCUACUAUCUUCUCAUAUGCUGUGCCUGCUUUUAUUAAUGAGUUCCAGCUCCGUGGCUUUGUGGACGAGGAAGGCUUUGUUCGAUUUGCUCUCAUUAUCCAUGGGCACCAUUCCCCAUAUCUGCCUGUGUUCCGCGCUGAUGGGCAGUGGCAUCACUUUUGUGUGACCUGGCAGCAGGAAAAUGGGACCUGGGCCAUUUUUGCUGAUGGUAAAAGGAGGGCAUCUGCCAGCGGUUUGUGUGCUGCGGGGCUCUCUGCCCCCCAAGCCAUCUAUGGCCAGGGGACUUUCAUAAUAGGACAGGAUCAAGAUUCCCUGGGAGGCACCUUCAGGGAAAAAGAAUCCUUCAGUGGGAACAUCACUGACUUGCACAUCUGGCAGAAAGUCCUCAGCGUGGAACAGAUUGAGAGAGUUCGGUCAUGCCACGUGGUAGAGCAAGAGCUUGUAUUUGGGUGGAGCUCAAAUGCUCUGGAGGUUGAAAGCACCAUUCAGCAAGUGACCACACAGUUUCUUUGCCCAGGGCCUGUUGAGGCAUGCCGAGUUUUUGAAGUUGGCAGCAGUGGGUUCGGUUACACGUCUUGUUUGCAGUCCUUGCCUUUUAUCUGUUGCUACAGAAAGGAUGCAUAUUUGCAACUGAAAAAAGUUCAGCUGGAAUCCAGGCAUUCGCUUGUCAGCCAUGUGAACAUGCUUGCAGAUAGGACUGUGAUUCCUGAGAACAUAAUCACAGGUGAUGUCCGAGACAUGAACCUCUCUGUUGCUCUUGGUGCUCUUGAUGUCCUGGCAUCUGUCCUGAGGGAAGGACAGACGCCUGUGGAGUCGUCUGACCUCCUUGGAGUGCUUCAGUUACUAAAGCAAGUUUCUGAUGUGAAAGUCCAGGAUGGAGAAGAGCCAGAGGUGUUGGAGCAGUUGAGCCGAUUUUACAUGGAAGUGACUGGGUUAAUCCUGGAAGAACGCAAUAUUGAAACGUGGUUAUCAGUCAGCCAGGUUAUCAGAGGGCCUAUGGCUGUUGUUGAGAUCUCUGACAGAGUGGUGUCAAACUUAGCCCCGCUGUUGACUGCAGGGAGGACAAAGAUCACAAUCCAGCAUGGGAACGUGGGGAUGGAGGUCAGAAAGCUGGAGCUGAGCAGGCAGGAGCUGAGCAGUGAGGUGUACCUGAUCCAGGGCCCCGAGAGAGACAGGCACGACUUCAUCGAAGUUCCCACGGAAGAAAUGCAAAGACUGAAAGCUAAAGGUCUCAACAGAGUCAUUGUGAAAAACAUGUGGUUUGGCUUUGGCUCCCUCCAGCGCUGCCUGGCCAGCACUGGCAGCAAUGCUGUCUUCCAGGAUGUGGCUGCCUCUGAUGGAGGACGGAAGUACUUGAGCACCACAGUGGGCACUGCUGUCAUUUCAUCCGCUCUGCUCAGCGAUUACCAGGAGAUUAGCACAUCUGUGCACUAUCACCUGCAACACCACACCAAGGGCCUGCCUGAUAAGCUGGUGGGGCCCAUCUGUGCCUUCUGGAACUUCAGCCUCAGCCCAGAUGCUGGUGGGAUGUGGUCCACAGCUGGCUGCUCGGUGGUGACAUCUCUCCCGGAUUCCACAGCCUGUUUUUGCAACCACACCACAAACUUUGCAGUGCUGCUGCAGGUGUAUGAGGUACAGAGGACCAUCAAGGAGGAGCUCGCGCUGCAGACCUUGACUUUUAUUGGAUGUGGAAUUUCUUUCUGUGCCUUGAUCGUUACCUUCAUUUUAUUCUUGGUGGUUGGUGUUCCCAAGAGUGAACGAACAACUGUGCAUAAGAACCUGAUCUUUGCAUUAGCUGCAGCAGAAGCUCUGCUCAUGUUCAGUGAAUUGGCCAAGAACAACCAGGUGGUGUGUUUUACUGUUACUGCCUUCCUCCAUCUCUUCUUCAUGGCAACCUUUUCAUGGAUGCUGGUAGAGGGGCUUCUCCUCUGGAGCAAAGUGGUGGCAGUCAAUAUGAGUGAAGACAAGAGAAUGAAGUUCUACUAUGUGACAGGCUGGGGCCUCCCAGUCGUUAUUGUGGGUGUGACUCUUGCAACUUCCUUUAACAAGUAUGUGGCAGACAACCAUUGCUGGCUGAAUGUUCAGACUGAUGUCAUCUGGGCCUUUGUUGGGCCUGUCCUCUUCAUCCUGGCAGUAAAUACCUUUGUGCUUUUUCGUGUGGUGAUGGUGACUGUGUCCAGUGCUCGCAGGAGGUCAAAGAUGCUGACGCCCAAUAGCAGCCUGGAGAAGCAGAUUGGGAUACAAAUAUGGGCCACGGCCAAGCCCAUCUUGGUGCUGCUGCCUGUGCUGGGGCUGACAUGGGUGUGUGGAGUCCUUGUCCACCUCAGCAUCAUCUGGGCCUAUGUCUUCAUUGUGCUGAACUCCUUCCAGGGCCUGUAUAUAUUCCUGGUCUAUGCAAUCUAUAACAGUGAGGUGAGGAAUGCCAUCCAGAGAAUGAAGGACAAGAAGAAAGCACUCUCGUUCACAAACUGCUCUCAUCCCAUCAACUACUUAUCAAGUCCAAGAAACACAACCUCUUGGGAGACGGGGAAACAGAGUCCUUCUGCAGCCGAGAGUGCCUUGUCGAGCCCUGUGCAGAAAGAGCCCCCAGUGAAGAACAUUACCAACAAAGGAAACUUUGGAGCCAAAAUUCCCAUGGGGAUUUCAUCAAUUAUGUCACCAGAGAGACCGGCUGUAGAGCUGACAGCAUUCAAGUCCUCAGGUUUCUGAGAGGAAGUUUCUGGGUGACUUAUCCACAACGCCAGGGCUCUUCAAACAGCCGGGAGGACGGCAGGUCGGAGCAAUUGACUUCCACGUGGAGGGUCAUCCCAUCCAAGGCAGAACUGUUAACCUUGUGCUUCUUCCUACCAGCAUGCGCGGACAAAACUAAGGCAAGACAGGGUAGCGCGUGGUCCCACAGGGCCGCUGGACUUUGUUUUCUAGCAAAGACUACCUUGCUGCUCCCCAGGGGCAUGCAAACACUCAUCACGACUCCCGCACGUCUGGCGUGGCUGGCUGUCGGGGACGGCAUGGGUGCCCUCGGUGCCCGUGGCUCCGGCGGCAGCAGCG